AUGCCGUCUCAACAAAAUACGACAAGGAAGAAUUCUGAUUAUUUGAAUGAACUGAAACACGGCAAAUAUAGUUAUAAUACAUCUGCAAAUAAACCUCCACAACAUCUUUCUGAAUUCUACUCCUUCAUGAGCAAUAAUUCGAACGCAUCAGCAUCUCCUGGACGGGAGCUGACUAGAGGUAGUUAUGAAUAUAACCAGAGAAUGAAUAGAGAGCCAUCUUUGAAUACCUUUACUUCAUUUUCUCCUUCUGUUAGUGACCUUUCAAAUAUAUUAACUUCACAAGAUUUCCAGCAUACCACUGAAAAAUAUAGUAACAUUAUAGAUAAGGCAGAAAAAUUACGAUUGUCAUUGGCAGGUGUAUGUGAAGCGGCCAGCGAAUUUGGACAUGCUUUAGAAGAUUCGAUUAACGAAUGCCCUAAAGUUAAUAAUUCAAAAAAUGUGAGCAAUGGGAUAAUGAAUGCGGGCGGUUUGCAACAUAUAAUAGCAGCAAAUCAGAAUAUCUUGAGCAGCUUGAUAUUACUGAGUUUCGAGCAACCGUUAAGAAAGGAGUUACAGAACCUUCAAGAAGAAUAUAGUUCCAAUUAUAAGUUCUAUCAGCAAGAAGUGAAGUCAAAGUCAAAUUUAUUGAAAGAGAAGGAAUUAGAAAACUUGAAACUUUCAAAGUCUAAGACAAGAAACUUAAAUACGUAUAAAAUUAACUUGUUGAGUUUAACGAAUCAAAUUGAUGAUAUUGACAGGUUGAAAUAUGAAUAUUACCAUGAAAUUAAUUCUAUGAUCGAGAAUUUUAAUCGGGAUCAUUUACUUGUAAGAACAGGUUCACUUGUAAGAGCCCACCUUGAAAUAUAUGAAGGUAUUGCUAAGAAGGGGUGGUCUGGUGGUGGUUUAGACGAAUUAUUAGCAAUAUCUCCUGACUUAUUUGGUACAGACUAUACGGACGAAGAAGAUGAGCAAUUGGAAGAUGAAGCUCGUAGUAAGAAUAACGAAAUAUCCCAUGAAAGAAUAUCAGCACAACGCGAUAAUAGUAGAUCUUUGAGCGAGGCAGAUAGUGACUCUCAAAUAGAUGAUACAGAUAACACAAUAGAAUUAUCGAAAAGGAGCCAAUCUGCUAAUCUGGUUAGAUGCAACACAGAAGUAUCAAAGAAGAUCUCUCAUGAAUUAGAAGGAGGUGAAGAGCAUAAUUUAGGUAAUUGCAGCCAGGGUGAUAGUACACAAGACGAGUCGUUUUCACUUCCAGCUAUUAAUAAUUCGAAUACUGUUCUAAAUCAAUCAGCUAAACUAUUGGAUUCAAAUAGUACCCAAGAUAAUGAUAUCAGUAUUGACAAUAAUGAUAUACUUAACGAACUUGACGAAUAG